AUGUCGUUUCAUAGAUCCAGUGCAAGUCCUACACGUGGCUACACUGAAUUUGAUCCUGAAACAGGUGAUGGAAUCGGGAGAAAAAGAUCGCUUGUUAGACCCGAAAGAACACGUUUAGAUGAAAACCACCGAAGGUUCCAUUAUGCCCAAGUUGCCAAUCAAGAGGCAGACCAUAUUAAAGUGCAACCUUCGUCUUCCGGGCUAGAUCCUUCGGAAUCAAAUGAAUUAGGUCGCUCAAGAUCACAUCUUAGUGCGUAUACUUCAAAUAAAUUUGAAAGUACUAACCAGCUUGAAGAUGACACUGAGGGGAUUCCAUUGAUGGAUAUUCAUGAUUCGUCGCCUCAAGGUAGUCCCAACACCCAAGAUUUGAAAGGGGGUAGGGAAGUUUAUGGAUUGAAUGAUGAAAUCAAGGAUUAUUCACAAUCGCCUCUGAAGAGUAAAGUUAUUUCCAAUGGUAUACCUAGGCCUCAAGUGCAAGGUACGAAAAAUAGAAAGAAGAAUGCCGACAAGAGCGAUAUUUAUUUUUGGAAAGUUUAUUGUUACGCAAUCACUUUUUGGGCACCAGCACCAUUGUUGAAAUUAUUUGGACUUCGAACUAAAGAUCGUCAAUUUGCAUGGAGGGAAAAAAUUGGUUUGAUUUCAUGUAUUUUAUAUAUUGGUGCAUUUGUUGCAUAUUUGACUUUUGGUUUUACCAAAACUGUUUGUUCAAGUGAACGUGUUAGAACUAGAAUCAAUGAGGUCAACAGUGGGUACUUGAUUAUCAAUGGUAGAUCAUUUGAUUUAACUUCAUCAAAACAUCCCGCUGCAGCAGGGAUUGGAGCCGGUUCUAAUGUGUUGUAUCCACCCAUCAAUGCUGGUGGUAAAGAUGCUUCAUUUUUGUUUCAAAAUGUCAAUGGGAAUUGUAAAAAUUUGAUCAAACCAAGAGACAACUGUACCAUUCCUUAUAAUGAUGAUAACGAACUUGCAUGGUAUAUGCCGUGUAGAGUUUUCAGUCAAGAUGGAUCUGACUCAGUUAAUAACACUGACGCGUAUUAUAAUGGUUGGGCCUGUCACACAAGUGAAACUGCACGUAAAGCAUAUUACAGUUUGAAGGUUUCUGGUGAUGUUUAUUUCACUUGGGAUGAUAUUAAGAAUUCGUCAAGAAACUUGGUUGUUUAUUCGGGAAACGUUUUGGAUCUCAAUUUGGUUAAUUGGAUUCAAAAAGAUGAUGUAACGUAUCCAGAUCUUUUUGACAAGUUACGUGAUGAUCCCACAUAUCGAGGAAUAGAUAUUUCGUUGGUGUUAACUGACCCCAGUGAACGUCAAGCGGCAAGAUGUCUUACUGAGAUUAUCAAAGUUGGGUCUAUUGAUUCAGAUACAAUUGGAUGUAUUGCUUCACAAAUUGUUUUGAUUGUUUCGUUGGUAUUUAUCUUGUCGGUGGUUAUUGUCAAGUUCGUCAUGGCUUGUUGGUUUAGAUGGGUGACUUCGAGAAAACAAGGUGCCACAGAGUAUGACAAUAAAACAAUGGCGGCACGUAAUAAAGCAAUUGAAAAUUGGGUAGAUAAUGGUGCUGCAGGUGUGGGUCCAGAAAUCAAAACAGUUCCUGUUAAAGCAAGAGCAAAUUACAAAUCUGCCAAGACAAACAGACAAAGUGUUUUCCAAAGGGCACAAAAACUUGCUUUGGGACCAAAUGCAGACUUGUCACAAUAUUACGAUAACCCAAGUGCACUUUCAAAAACAUUCAAGUAUACCACAAUGUCAACACAAGCUGCAUUGUUGGGUAAAAAUGGAUAUGGUAAAAAGAACACAUUGGGCAAUGGUGGUGGUACAGGUAAAAACAGUACUAGACAAUCUACCUUGUACUUGAAUGACCAAGGCUCGUCAACUGAUUUAUUGAAUCGUCCAGUAUCAACCUAUAACCCGUUUGAUGGAUUUGAAGAAUCAGUGGUGAAUGGUUUAUCUCCUGAUAUUAUUCAUCCUGAUGUUGUACCUCAACCACCAGUUGAGUAUCAACCAUUUGGGUACCCAUUGGUGCAUUCGAUUAAUUUGGUUACUUGUUAUUCUGAAGAUGAGGACGGUAUUCGUACAACAUUGGAUUCCAUCGCCACAACCGACUAUCCAAACUCUCACAAGCUUAUUCUCGUUGUUUGUGAUGGUAUUAUUAAAGGUUCAGGUAAUGAUAGAACUACACCGGAUAUUGUAUUGGAUAUGAUGUCAGAUUUGACUGUCCCAAAAGAUGAAGUUCAAGCUUACUCGUAUGUGGCUGUUGCUCAAGGUAGUAAGCGUCACAAUAUGGCCAAGGUCUAUGCUGGUUUCUACAAUUAUAAUGAUGAUACUGUCCCUCCAGAAAAGCAACAACGUGUCCCAAUGCUCACAGUUGUUAAAUGUGGUACUCCAGAAGAAGCAAAUAUGCCUAAACCUGGUAAUAGAGGUAAACGUGAUUCACAAAUCAUUUUGAUGUCAUUUUUACAAAAAGUCGUGUUUGAUGAAAGAAUGACGAGUUUGGAAUUUGAAAUGUUUUCUAGUAUUUGGCGUAUUACUGGGUUAAUGGCUGAAUUUUAUGAAAUUGUGCUAAUGGUUGAUGCUGAUACCAAAGUUUACCCUGAUUCGUUGACCCACAUGGCUGCUGAAAUGGUUAAAGAUCCAAUGAUUAUGGGAUUAUGUGGAGAAACUAAAAUCUCAAACAAAGCUCAAACUUGGGUCACAGCAAUUCAAGUGUUUGAAUACUAUAUUUCGCAUCAUCAAGCUAAGGCGUUUGAAUCUAUUUUUGGUGGUGUUACUUGUUUGCCUGGAUGUUUCUCAAUGUACAGAAUCAAGGCACCAAAAGGGUCAGAUGGAUAUUGGGUACCCAUAUUGGCCAAUCCAGAUAUCGUCGAAAGAUAUUCGGACAAUGUUGUUGACACUUUGCAUAAAAAGAAUUUGUUGUUAUUGGGUGAAGAUCGUUUCCUUUCAUCAUUAAUGUUGAGAACUUUCCCCAAGAGGAAACAAGUUUUUGUACCUAAAGCUGCUUGUAAAACUAUUGUUCCUGAUAAAUUCCUUGUUUUGUUGUCACAACGUCGUAGAUGGAUUAAUUCAACGGUGCACAAUUUGAUGGAAUUGGUUUUGGUUAAUGAUUUAUGUGGUACAUUUUGCUUUUCCAUGCAAUUUGUCAUUUUUAUUGAAUUGGUUGGUACUUUGGUGUUACCAGCAGCUAUUUCAUUUACUAUUUAUGUUAUUAUUGUUGCCAUUAUUUCCAAACCAACCCCAAUUAUGUCUUUGGUUUUGUUGGCAGUUAUUUUUGGUUUACCGGGUUGUUUGAUUGUUAUAACCAUUUCAUCCAUGUCAUAUAUUAUUUAUUUUUUUAUUUACUUGAUUGCUUUACCAAUUUGGAAUUUUGUUCUUCCAUCUUAUGCUUAUUGGAAAUUUGAUGAUUUCAGUUGGGGUGAAACCCGAACUGUUGCUGGUGGUAAUAAAGGACUGGAUCAUGGUGCUACUGAAGGUGUGUUUGAUGCAUCAAAGAUUAAGAUGAGAAGAUGGAGAGAAUGGGAGAGAGAACGUAGAAGUAAUGAGUAUGCUGUUGUUGGAGCUGGUGGUGGAGCUGGAGCUACUGGUGCCGAAAGUGUUGCAACAAGUCCGUAUGGAAAAGGAAAUGUGCAAAACUUGUCUAUGCCCUCGGCUGUUUGGGAUCCUUCUAAUAAUGAGAAACUAAUUGACGGCUUCGAUCAAGAAGGAUCUUCCUCGGGAUCUAGUUGA